AAAACAACUCAUUGUGAGUGCUGCUGCAGCACUGCCCAGCGGAGCCGGGGGCGUGUGACCCCGCGAUGUCGCCGGGGCAGGAGCCAAAGUCCCCUUGGUGACAGCAUCCUCUGCUUUCUCCUUCGCUCUAAGAGGGAUAAUCCUCAGCGUCAUGCCUGCAGCACGCCGUCCUUCUCCCUUUUAAUUUCCCUUUAUGGGAUUAUACUAGAGAUGAACUUGACCCUGUGAGAAGUGGCAGCCACUGGCACAGGGCACAGUCCCUGCGUCCAUGCACUUGCAUCGCUGGAGCUGCAUUUUCCAGCUGACACCUUCCCAUCUGCCCUUCCCUUGGGGAUACAGUGGAUACCAGAAGGGCAGAAGCACGGUGGAUUCUCAGCACUUGGAGCACCGGGAUGCAAUGCCAGGACGGCAUCCCAUGUGUCACCAUGUCCCCAUAUGGGGCAGCUGCGAGCAGAGCUCAGCCCCAUUGCCUCCAGCACUGUGCUAAGCGCCACACUCCUCCAUGGCUCUUUCUAAAUGUUAGAAAUUAAGGGCUGGUCCCAAAUUCCCUCCUAGGCAACAGUUGCUAAGCGGGUUCUAUACACGGGGCCUCGUGACCAAGCGCCGGAUCCCCCCCCUCCCUCCCCGCCCAGUUCUGUAGCACGUGUGUAUCCCAGGUCCCCAUCCCACAGUGCCACCCAUCCCUGGUGGCACCAUCACCUGCUGGCCCUCCCGGCACCCGGCUCCAGGGGCACUCAUCCAACUCUUAUUGCCACCGUGCCCCUGCCUCGCCCCCCAUGGAUGGAGGCUGCCAGUGCUUUGUCACCUGUUGUCCCCCUGUGGGCUUCAGGCGUGGGAGCAGGGCGUGGGGUCCGGCUGCCGUGACUCAUGCAAGCGCCGGAGCCACUGGCAAAUUUCAUUACAAUAACAAGGGCUGCGGGUGAAUUAAUUAUUAACCAUUAUUGUUUAAUAUUUAUACUGCAGCACGGCUCGGGGUGGGCUCACUCCAGCCUCUCUGUCCACAUUGGUGGUGGGGAUGUCUGGGCAUGGAUGGCACCGUGGCCAGGUUUUAACGUUUAUUAGGAAUCCAUUCGACAUAUUUUUGUUCUGAACAUUUAGCAUUUGCUCAUCUACCUUUUUCAUGGACAUACGGCCUCUGAAAACAGCAGCUACAGUCGUGGAUGCCAGGGAUGAGGUCCCACCAGCCCCCCGUAGUGCAAUGGGGCAGGGUGGUGGCCCUGCCAUGUGUCCCUAGUGAUCCUCUCCCCAUUUGUGCCCACGCCACAGGUGCUGUGGAGUGGCCGUGGGUCCCCAGGAGGGCUGUCCAUCCACACUUAGGUCCCCCAGGCUCAGCUCUGCUCUGCUCCUCCCCAGGGGCCCCCUCCCGCGAUGUCGUCCUCGUCUCCGCCAUCAUCACUGUCAGCCUUAGCGUCACCAUCAUCCUGUGUGGCAUCUGCCAGUGGUGCCAGCGCAGACUGGGAAAACGGUACAAGACAUCCCUGGAGACUGUGGGCACACCAGAUUCCAGCCGAGGCCGCAGUGAGAAGAAAACCAUCAAUGGCUCUCUGUUAUCAGGGGCUAAGCUGACAGCAUCGGCCACCGCAGGCUUGGCCGGGGACCGCGACGGCCGCCCCGGGGACAAGCAGCAGUGCGCCGAGGACGGCAUGAGGAGCAGCAUCUCUGCGCACAGCGAGCCCGGCGCAGGGAAGGCAGCGAGGGGCCGCUGGCACACGGUGCAGAGCCACUUGGCCGCAGGGAAGCUCAGCCUGUCCAAUUUCGAGGACUCCACCCUGUCCACAGCCACUACCCUUGAGUAUAUCCCCACCUCAGCAGGCGACCCCAAAUGCCAGAGGCCCCGCACGCUCAUGCGCCAGCAAAGCCUGCAGCAGCCCCUCAGCCAGCAUCAGCGCAGCAACCACAGCCAGCCGACCACAAGCCAGAGCCUGGGCCACCUCCAGGCCCACAGCAGCUCCUCCGGCGGCGCCAGCAACCCCCGGGUCUCCCGCGGUGGCCAAGUGCGCCAGGGCAUCGCUGCCGGCUCCAAGCAGCGCACGAGCCGCUCCAACCCCGGCAGCUGGGACCACGUGGUGGGGCAAAUACGCAACCGUGGCUUGGACAUGAAGUCCUUCCUGGAAGGCCGGAUGGUGGUGUUAUCCCUGGUUUUGGGACUCUCAGAGCAAGAUGACUUUGCCAAUAUCCCCGACCUGCAACCCGCUGGGACGCAGCCGAACCAGCCGAACGCUCAGGGGGACAAGAGGUUGCCAGCUGGUGGCAAGGCGGUGAACACUGCACCUGUGCCCGGGCAGACACAGCAGGAUGAGUCUGAUCGCAAGACGGAGCCACGCUCCUCUGUCUCCGACCUGGUGAACUCCCUGACCAGUGAGAUGCUUAUGCUUUCACCGGGCUCCGAGGAUGAUGAAGGCCACGAUGGCUCCAACCGGGAGAACCUGGGCCGCAUCCAGUUCAGCGUGGGCUACAACUUCCAGGAGUCCACCCUGACCGUCAAGAUCAUGAAGGCACAGGAGCUGCCAGCCAAGGACUUCAGCGGCACCAGUGACCCCUUUGUCAAGAUCUACCUGCUACCUGACAAAAAGCACAAGCUGGAGACCAAGGUGAAGCGGAAGAACCUCAACCCGCACUGGAACGAGACUUUCCUCUUUGAAGGGUUCCCCUACGAGAAGGUGGUGCAGCGGGUGCUGUACCUUCAGGUCCUGGACUAUGACCGCUUCAGCCGUAACGACCCCAUUGGGGAGGUGUCCAUCCCCCUCAACAAGGUGGACCUCACCCAGAUGCAGACCUUCUGGAAGGACCUGAAGCCCUGCAGUGAUGGCAGCGGCAGCCGAGGAGAGCUCUUGCUGUCACUGUGCUACAACCCCUCCGCCAACUCCAUCGUGGUGAACAUCAUCAAGGCACGGAAUCUCAAAGCCAUGGACAUCGGGGGCACAUCAGAUCCCUACGUGAAGGUGUGGUUGAUGUACAAGGACAAACGGGUGGAGAAGAAGAAGACGGUGGUGAUGAAGAGGUGCUUGAACCCUGUCUUCAACGAGUCCUUCUCCUUUGACAUCCCCACGGAGCGACUGCGUGAGACCACCAUUGUCAUCACCGUCAUGGACAAGGACAGGCUGAGCCGCAACGAUGUCAUCGGCAAGAUCUACCUGUCCUGGAAGAGUGGCCCUGGCGAGGUGAAGCACUGGAAGGACAUGAUUGCGCGGCCCCGGCAGGCGGUGGCACAGUGGCACCAGCUGAAAGCCUGAGCCUCCAGUGUUGGGGACAGCGUUGGGGACGGCGCUGGGGACAUCCUUGUCCUCGUGUCCCCACUGCAAGGCAAGACUUGUGCGAGUGCUUCCAGCCACAGUCCCCAGACCUUCACCCCAGCGUCACCCCACAUUUUGGGAGGCUGCUGGUGAAACGGGGGAGGGUCCAAGCCAAGCUCCCCUCCCUUCCCACUCAACACAACCUCUCCUAGCCGCCAGUGUCACCCUAACGGGAUGAUGUCCCCGCAUCCUGCCCUGUCCCCACCCCGGGGACACCCGAGGGAUUGGAAGCCAUGCCGCGGUUCGUUUGCCAAAGCAGGAGCAUUCAUCACUGCCUCUGGUGGGGUUUGCUGCUUUACCUCCCUCCUGGCUUAUCCCCUGCCCCCUCACACCGUGCCAUCAAGUUGUCGCCCCUGGUAGGAGCACCUGGCACAGUGCCCCCUCCUGGGCUGACAUGCACCCCCUUCCUUGUGGGCACUGCAUGAGGAUGGAGCAGUGCCACCGUUGCCAUCCCUGUUGCCAUUGUCUCCAUUGGUGGCUUUGGGGGCUAGCAUCCAGCCAGCACAGUGCCAGCAGUGUCCCUAAGGUCCCUUGGCACCUCCCCGCUGCCACCGUGAUGGGCAUCCCCACCAGGUACCAAUGGUGUGGGUGCCAAAGGAUUGCAGAUGACACUGCUUGGCAUCCCUCCAAGGGCUCCCUGCUCUGCUGGAUGUCAGGGAUAAGGCGGUCUGCAGGUGUCCCCAGAGUCCCUUGGGUACAUCACAAAGCUCUCUGGCAGGACACAGGCCACCCCUGCCCGCCUGGGGACACCAUGGGGACUCUGCACCCCAGUCUUCCUGCUGCCACUUGGCACGUGUCCCCUUGGUCGGGACAUCCCCAGGAUGGGACAUCUUCAUGGUUCGGACGUUCCUGUAAGCAUCAGUGGCUGUGCCCCAGCUGCUGGGGUUCAUUCAUUGCAUGGGGAACCCCGUGCCAAACCCAAGGAGCAGCCAUCACAGGGGUGCUGCCCUUCCAAGUGGCCCUGGGUCACAGUGGCACACUGUCCCCGUCCCACCACCAGUGAGUCCACCGGAGAGCCCCAUUAGACCAUUAUGGACAAUCUGGAGUGAAGUCAUAAUUCUGCUACGACAGUAAUAAUAAUAAUAAUAACGAUGCUUUUAGGGACAUUUGUAUUUUUACCACAUCCUCUCUUUUUUUAACAUAACAGAGGAGAGCCACGCGCCUGGGGAAGGGCCGCACAGAGCUGAGGGGUGAGGGGUCCCCAAAGAAGGGAGUGGGGCAGGGUGCCCACAUCCUCCCCCCGCCUCCCCAUCACCUCGGGGCUGUGUGUUCAUUUUUAACUCUAGAGCUCUUAGCCGUGAUCUUGUUCAGGUCUCUCUCUCUUCUUCAUGUGACGGUAACAUCCAACUGGUGUGUAAAAUACAGAGAAAAAACAGAAA